AUGUCUCAGCCCGGCGGCCCCCCCGGCGGCCCCCCCCGCGGGACCCUGGCCGACCUGCAGGCGGCGCUGCGGCUGAAGGUGGAGGAGCUGCAGCAGGCCGACGCCCUGAUCCAGCAGCUGGAGCUGGAGCUGGACUCCAGAGACCAGCUGGUCCGGCAGCUCCAGCUGCAGCUGGACUGGAAGUGGAACCACGACCAGAACCAGAACCACAACCAGAGCCAGACACAGAGGACCAAGAGACAGGCCAUCUCCGCAGAACCUUCAGUCCUGGACCCGACCCAGCUGACCCACGUCAGCCUGACCAGCUACUGCAAGAGCCAGGAGUCCCGUGAGUUGAUUCAACGGGCGCUGCUGGACAAUGACUUCAUGAAACACCUGGAGCAUGGACAGAUCCUCACCAUCAUGGACUGCAUGUGUCCCACGUCUCUGUCCAGAGGCUGCUGUGUGAUCCAGGAAGGAGACGACGGCUCCACGGUCUACGUCCUGGAGGAGGGGAUGGUUGAAGUGACCAAACAGGGGAAGAAGCUCUGCAGCAUCGGUCCUGGAAAAGUGUUUGGAGAACUGGCGAUUCUGUACAACUGCACCCGGACCGCCACCGUGACAGCUCUGACGGACAUCAAGCUGUGGGCCAUCGACCGGCCGGGCUUCCAGACCAUCAUGAUGAGAACCGGCCUCAUCAAGCACUCGCAGUACACCGACUUCCUGCGCAGCGUCCCGUCCUUCCAGGCGCUCCCUGAGGACGUUCUCAGUAAGCUGGCCGACAUUCUGGAGGAGACUCAUUACUGCGACGGGGAUUACAUCAUCCGCCAGGGCGCCAGCGGGGACACCUUCUUCAUCAUCAGUGACGGACAGGUCCAGCUGAAGAGCGACCCCAGCCGCUCUUUUGCCCUCAAGGUGUUGAAGAAGCGUCACAUCGUGGACACCAGCCAGCAGGGACACAUCCUGUCGGAGCGCCGCAUCAUGAUGGAGGUCCACAGCCCCUUCAUCAUCAGGUUGUACCGGACCUUCAGAGACUCCAAGUUCCUCUACAUGCUGCUGGAAGCCUGCCUGGGAGGAGAGCUGUGGUCGCUGCUGCGAGACCGAGGUUCCUUUGAUGACGGAACCACUCGGUUCUACACGGGAUGUGUCAUCGAGGCUCUGGUGUUCCUUCACUCUAGAGGAAUCAUCUACAGGGACCUGAAACCGGAGAACAUCAUCCUGGACCACAGAGGAUAUGCCAAGCUGGUGGACUUCGGCUUCGCUAAGAAAGUGGGUCUGGGCCAGAAGACCUGGACCUUCUGUGGAACCCCGGAGUACGUGGCCCCGGAGAUCAUCCUGAACAAAGGUCACGACAGCUCCGCCGACUGCUGGUCCCUGGGGAUCCUGGUCUUCGAGCUGCUCAGCGGAAGCCCCCCGUUCUCCGGCUCGGACCCGAUGAAGACCUACAACAUCAUCCUGAGAGGAAUCGACAUGAUCGAGUUUCCCAAGAAGAUCACCAGGAGCGCCGGGAACCUCAUCAAGCGCCUGUGCAGGGACAACCCGUCAGAGAGGCUGGGGAACCGGAAGAACGGCGUGAAGGACGUCCAGAAGCACAAGUGGUUCGAGGGCUUCAACUGGGACGGGCUCCGCCAGGGGACCAUCGACCCCCCCUUCACGCCUUCGCUGGACGGACCGCUGGACACCAGCAACUUCGACCUGUUCCCCGAAGACCCCGAGGAGCCUCCGGACGAGGAGUCAGGCUGGGACCUGGAGUUCUGA